CACGAAUACUUCAUUCUACCGCAAUUCAUCCUAGGGUGAACAUCCUAUCCUAAUCGGUUCAGUGCCAGUGACAUUGAGGUGAAAGCCGAACAUUUCCUCGUCUGUGCCUAAAUUCGUAUACAAAAGUCAACAUUUAAAUAAUAAUAAAUAAGAGAAUUAUUCAAAAAUAAUAAUACUGAAAAAUUGUGAAAGCUAAUAUUGAAAGAUCGCGAUUUACAAAUAUCGAUCGGCGAAACUAUUUUCCGCGAACUGAGCUUCGUAUUCGUUUCGGUGCGGCCCGUACUUCACCAAACACGUUAAAACUCAAGAGUCACCGUCGCCGUCAUCGAGAUGGCGUUCAUGAUGCCGGUAGUGAAGAACGACUGGGACAUAUACAACUCGCGGCGGAGCACCGAGUCCGGGGAGAAGGCGGGCCCCGGCGGGCGCGUGCGGAAGGUGUCCGAGUCGCGGUCGGAGGGCCCCGCGGGCGGCGUGGGGCCCCGCGCGGCGCUGAGCCCGCACCGCAGCGCGCCCGCCAUGCGCUCGCUGUCGUACUGCCGCGCGCCGCCGUCGCGGGGCUCGCUGCGCGCCGACGGGCCCCACAGUCCCCGGGGCCCGGCUAGCCGCCCGCGGGACUCCCGGGACGCGGACAAGUUCCACACCAGGACCGCGGAGUCCCCCGAGCGCUCGCGCUGCGCCGCCUGCAUGCCGUACCUGUGACGCGGGCCGAGCGCGCCGCCACACCCUCUGUGAUAUGAGCCCCUCGGACCGGAGCUGAGUG